AUGCCACAAGAUUUUCAAUUACUGCCGAAAAUCAUCAAUGGAGCUGUUGGCUCCAUGACCGGUGUCGCCUGUGUCUAUCCACUGGACUUUGUGAAGACGCGACUGCAGAAUCAGCAAAUCGGACCGAAUGGUGAGAAGCAAUAUACCAGCAUAGCAGAUUGCUUUCGCAAAUCUAUACGCAACGAAGGCAUACUGGGCAUGUAUCGCGGCAUUAGUGUUAUCUUUCUGCUCGUCAGCCCAGAGAAGGCGGUCAAACUUGCAGCCAAUGACUAUUUCCGCUUUCAUUUAACGCAAACCGACGGAUCUUUGCCUAUGCCACACCAAAUGUUAGCCGGGGCCGCAGCUGGUUGCUUUCAGGUGCUUGUCGCAACACCAAUGGAGUUCAUCAAAAUCCAGCUACAAGAUGCGGGCCGUGUGGCCAAAGAUGGACGCGUAACGGAACGCAUAACGGCCAGAAGUAUAUUUGCGAAAAUGUAUCGGGAACGUGGUAUUUUCGGUCUGUAUCGAGGUAUAGGGCCAACGGCAUUUCGCGAUAUAUUAUUUUCACUCAUCUACUUUCCGUUAUUUGCCGGUUUGAAUGAUUUGGGUCCGCGUAAAGCCAACUCGGAGGACGCUGUACCGUGGGUCUCAUUUUUAGGUGGUUUAAUUGCAGGCUGUACUUCUGCAUUUGUCGUAACACCAUUCGAUGUGGUGAAAACACGCUUACAGGCACUCAAGAAACGCGCCGGCGAACAAGAAUUCCAUGGUAUUAUGGAUUGUUUUGUAAAAACUUGGCGAAACGAAGGUAUUACGGCUCUAUUCAAGGGUGGACUGUGCCGCGUUAUGGUCAUCUCGCCCAUGUAUGGCAUUGUACAGACCAUAUACUUCUUGGGUGUGGGAGAGGCGAUAUGCGAUAAGCUAUUUAAAUGA